AUGACUGAAAGACCAGCACCCUUGCAAAAACCAGCUCCAAGGGUGGUGGUGCCAAAGGGAUCGAAAUCGCAAGCUCAGCUCAAUGCACCUCAAGAUGAUCUCAGCCAAAGCCCCAUGUUCUCCCAACCACCACUCGUUGGCCACCGGAAACAACAGCCGAAACCCUCACAACAAAUUAACGCAGCCAACAACCGCCGCUCUUCACCUACUGUUCCGAUCUCCCUUACACACGACGCAAAUGGAACCACACCACCACCUCCUGCCGAUCGUUGUCAUCCUUAUCGGACCACCUGUAAUCGCCGAUUGCUUUCAAUGGCGACCCAACAACCCUCCGAAAUUGACGAAUUAGUGUCUUGA